AUGAUGAACACAUCGGUUGAACCUUGCGAUGAUUUCUAUGAAUAUGUUUGUGGAAACUAUAACUUAGAGGAAAUUCUAUUGGUGAGCGAAUAUACGCGUCGAGAUUUGGAGGGUCUUGAAAAAUAUUUGAAAACUUAUCAACCAGAAUCAAGCAAUCAAAAAGUUGCGAUAUCAAUGCUUAAAAAAUGUGUAGAUGACAAAAAUACUGAUGUCAAUAGUUUCAUGACUGAUUUCUGGGCAGAUUCGACAAAAGAUCUAACAAAGUUUAUCAUUGAGGUAACAAAAAUAAAUUCAGCUACUGGUGGAUUCUUCAAAAUUUAUACAUGGCCAGCAGAAUACAAUGGGACAAAAUAUGCUAAAACUUUUCUUACUGCAGGAGAUGUGAGAAAAACUGUAACUAUUUUAAAACUUUUUUUUUUUCUUAUUUUUAGAUAUCAUUUGAUCAAAUGAAACCUUGGAAAGAAGUGGCUGAUGAAAUCAAAUUCAUGAAUUUGACAGAAUUUGUCUACCAGCUUUUACCUGAAGACCUACGAAGUCUAGAUGUCUUGGAUAACUCGUUAUAUGUGGUUGAUUCAUUUGUACAACUCAAUGCUUAUGUUGAACAAACUGGGGUAGAGAAUAUCAAAAAACAACUUCACGAAUCUUGGAAAGAAUCACUGUCAAAAUAUAUUAUUGAGAGUCACACAUUCAAGGAUUGUUUUGAACGUUUUACUGAGGAUUUGUUUUCUGGAACUCUUGGUAUGAUUUUUUUAAAUCAAUCAAACUUCACACAGGAACAUAUUGACCGCGGUAAAUCAAUUUAUGAAGAGUUGCAAAUUCAAACUGUGGAGAUAAUUUCGAGAAAUGAUUGGAUAACACCACCGUGGAAAAAACAAUUGAUUGAAAAAGUUCUUCAAACUACGGCGUAUUUUGGUAUACCAGAAAAUCAUGAAAAUAUAACUGUGAUGGAUCAAAUGUACAAACGAGUUUUGGAAAGCUCAAACUUCGAAGGCUCUUCCUAUCUGGAAUUAUUGCGAGAUGUAAUGCGAAUGAAUUCAGAAGAAACAUUUUUACAUUUCUCAAAACGUACACCGAUAACUUAUACUGGAAAUAUUAUUGGAGUAAAUGGAAAUCACAAUCCAACAUCUUCUGCAAUCAGUAUGUUUUAUUGUAUUAAUAUCUCCAAAAACUAUAAAUAUUUCAGCAAUAAGUCAGUACUGGCUGAAAUACCCUUACCUAGACGCAAAUCUUCCGAAUUGGUCAAUAAUUGCAUCCUAUGCUUUUGUGGUUGCUCAUGAAAUAUCUCAUAUGUUUGGGAAAGGUAGUGUACUUGUAGAUUCACAUUUCGCCUUUAAUCUUCAACCGGAAUUCUUCCAAAGUUAUCAGAUUCGAGAGGAUUGUUUGGUCUCACAAUACAGUAAUUUCACGUUUCCUGGAACAAAUGAAACUGUGAGUGUUUUACUCGCAGUAUUCUGAAACAAAUACAUUUUCAGCUCAAUGGUACCGCUACAAUUACAGAAAACUUCCCCGAUAUCCUUGGAUCGAAAAUUGCCUAUGAACUUCUUACAAAAUAUCUGAAAUUUGAUCCAAAUCCUUUAUCACUUCCCGGAUUCGAAGAAUACACCAUUCUACAACAAUAUUACAUACGAAAUGCAAAUACUUGGUGUCGAAACCAUAUGACAAAACCGUAUAUCGAUGCUUCUCGAACUGACAAACACAGCCCAACAAUUUUCCGAGUUCAUGGAAUGAUGAAGAAUUCACCACAUUUUUCGGAAGCGUUUGAGUGCUAUUCACAAAGUCCAAUGAAUCCAGAACACAAAUGUGAAACCUUCUGA